AGCCUGGAGCAGCGCCGGGACAAAACUGAGCAUCGCUCCACCUCACUUAGGUGGGUGGAGAGAAAGUGGGUCCAGAGGAGAGAACAUGACGUGCUAAUAAACAAUUAGCAAAAAAACCCUGACAGGAAUAAUGUCUCCAAAGAGUGACAUUUAACGGCUCAGAAGACAAACUCCCCAGGGAGAGCAAUUAACUGCGCGCUCCUCGCCACCCCCGGGGCUGGGAGGAUGGGUGGCCCCAAGCUCAGCUCUGCCAUCCCAAAAGGCUGCUCCCGAAUCCGCUGUGUUGAGCUGGGGCCAUGGGCAGCACCCCAUAAAAGCAGCACUGCUCUUUUCCCAAGCUUGCACCCCCAAAAAAGCAAACCCCAAAGGGACGUCGUGCCCCCAAGGUCCCCAAGGGGGCAACCCCAAGGUCACUGGGCAUCCAAAGUUCCCCUAAAGGCACCGUAUCACACAGUGGGGUCCCUCCUGAAGGCACUGCGUGCCCAGGGUCUCCAGGGUCCCCCAAUGGGAGUCCCCAGGGUCCCCAAGGUACCCAGGAAGGGCACCACAAGGUCCCUGGAGAGAUGCCACAUCCCCAGCAUUUCCAAGGGACACCACGGUGCCCAGCCCAGCUCUCCAAAGUCCCCCCAAAGCCACCACAUCCCCAAGGUCCCCAGGGCCUCCAAGGUUCCCCAGUGGGCGCCCCCAAGGUCCCCAAGGUCCCCAAGGAGGCACUGGGACCCCAAGGUCUCCUGGGGAGACCCCACAUCCCCAACAUUCCCAAGGACACCACGGUCCCCAGCCCAGCUCUCCAAAGUCCCCCAGAAGCCACCAUAUCCUCAAGAUCCCCCUAAGGCACCACGUCCCCAGGGUCCCCACUGCCCCAUAAUGGUGUCCCCAAGGAGGCACUGGGACCCCAAGGUCCCCUGGGGAGACCCCAUAAUCCCAGAGAGACACCACAGUCCCUCCCAGCUCUCCAAAGUCCCCCAGAAACAACCACAUCCCCAUGGGGUCCCCAGGGUCCCCCACUGGGGUUCCCAGGGUCUCCAAAAAGGCACUGGGACCCCAAGGUCCCCUAGGGAGACACCACAUCCCCAAGGUCCCCAGGGCUUUCAAGGUUUCCCAGUGGGAGUCCCCAGGGUCUCCAAAAAGGCACUGGGACCCCAAGGUCCCCUGGGGAGACGCCACAUCCCCAACAUUCCCAAGGGACACCACGGUCCCCAGCCCAGCUCUCCAAAGUCCCCCCAAAGCCACCACAUCCCCAUGGGGUGCCCAGGGUCUCCAGGGUCCCCCACUGGGGUCCCCAGGGUCUCCAAAAAGGCACUGGGACCCCAAGGUCCCCUGGGGAGACACCACAUCCCCAGCAUUCCCAGACAGACACCAUGCUCCCUCCCAGCUCUCCAAAGUCCCCCAAAAGCCACCACAUCCCCAAGGUCCCCAGGGCCUCCAAGGUUUCCCAGUGGGAGUCCCCAGGGUCCCCAAAAAGGCACUGGGACCCCAAGGUCCCCUGGGGAGACCCCAUAAUCCCAGAGAGACACCACAGUCCCUCCCAGUUCUCCCAAGUCCCCCAGAAACAACCACAUCCCCAUGAUCCCCCGAAGCCAUCAGGUCCCCAGGGUCCCCAGUGAAGCCCCCAGGGUCCCCACUGCCUCGUACUGGGGUCCCCAGGGUCCCCAAAGGAUCCAAGGAGGCACAGGGACCCCAAGGUCUCCUGGGGAGACACCACAUCCCCAGCAUUCCCAAGGGACACCAUGGUCCCCAGCCCAGCUCUCCAAAGUCCCCCCAAAGCCACCACAUCCCCAUGGGGUGCCCAGGGUCUCCAAAAAGACACUGUGACCCCAAGGUCCCUGGGGAGACCCCAUAAUCCCAGAGAGACACCACAGUCCCUCCCAGCUCUCCAGAGUCCCCUAGAAGCCACCACAUCCCCAUGGGGUCCCCAGGAUCCCCCACUGGGGUCCCCAGGGUCUCCAAACAGGCACUCCUUCCCCCCCUACCCCCCCCAACUCCUCAGAAGGGACACCGAGCAC